UGUCAGCUCCCAGCUCUCCGGUCUGUGCUCAGCUCCAGCUCUCCCUCUGUGUGUGUCUCAGCAAUGGCAUCAGGCAACAGGGGAUGGGACAAGGAAGACGAUCUGCCUUUCUACCUUGCUCGUCCGGGAACAACUGACCAGGUGCCCCGGGUGAAGUAUGGGGGCUUGUUUAGCAAUGUGGAAGGAGCUUUUGAGAGCAAGACUAUAGAUUUCGACUCUCUAUCUGUGGGGCAGAGAGGGGGCAGGAAGAAUACCUCUACUCGUCCAGGGGCAACUAGCCAACCCCAAGAAAAAAACAAACAGGACAAGGCCCCCGGGGACCAAGAUGUGGGCAGCCCUGGUGUGGAGAUCAAGACUUCGACUGGGAAAGAGGUGCUGCAGAACCUGGACCAGGAGAAGAGUGAUCGUCUCUUGAUCAAAGGAGGACGAAUAGUGAACGAUGACCAGUCUUUUUAUGCUGACAUCUACAUGGAAGAUGGCCUUAUUAAGCAGAUUGGAGACAACUUAAUAGUCCCAGGUGGUGUGAAGACCAUUGAAGCCAAUGGGAAGAUGGUCAUCCCUGGAGGCAUUGAUGUGCACACUCAUUUACAGAUGCCCUACAGAGGAAUGACAACAGUGGAUGAUUUUUUCCAAGGAACUAAAGCUGCUCUUGCUGGUGGAACGACAAUGAUAUUUGACCAUGUGAUCCCAGAACCAGGGGCUAGCUUGUCUGAAGCCUUUGAUAAAUGGAGAGAAUGGGCCGAUGGCAAAACGUGUUGUGAUUACUCAUUGCAUGUGGAUAUCACUCACUGGAAUGACAGCGUGAGGCAGGAGGUGGAGACAAUGAUCAAGCAGAAAGGAGUUAACUCUUUCAUGGUUUACAUGGCCUAUAAAGAUUUGUAUCAGAUGUCCAACACUGAGUUGUACGAGAUUUUCUCCUGCCUGGGAGGACUUGGUGCGAUUGCUCAGGUUCAUGCUGAGAACGGUGACAUCAUAGCUCAGGAACAAAGCCGAAUGUUAGAACUGGGAAUUACAGGACCUGAGGGCCAUGUUUUGAGCCGACCAGAGGAGUUGGAGGCUGAAGCUGUUUUCCGUGCCAUUACCAUUGCAAGCCAAACAAAUUGUCCCUUGUAUGUGACUAAAGUGAUGAGUAAAAGCUCUGUAGAUCUGGUCUCCCAAGCCAGGAAAAAAGGUAAUGUUGUUUUUGGAGAACCGAUCACGGCUAGCUUGGGGACAGAUGGGACGCACUACUGGAGCAAAAACUGGGCUAAAGCUGCAGCAUUUGUGACAUCUCCACCUCUGAGCCCCGACCCUACCACACCUGACUACAUCAACUCACUUUUGGCAAGUGGGGAUCUGCAGGUGUCUGGUAGCGCUCAUGCUACAUUUAGCACAGCACAAAAGGCCAUUGGAAAAGAUAACUUUACUCUUAUCCCAGAAGGAACAAAUGGAAUUGAAGAAAGGAUGUCUGUGAUCUGGGACAAGGCAGUGGCCACAGGAAAAAUGGAUGAAAACCAGUUUGUUGCAGUAACUAGCACCAACGCUGCCAAGAUUUUUAAUCUUUAUCCCAGAAAGGGGAGAAUAGCUGUUGGAUCAGACAGCGACCUGGUUAUCUGGGACCCAGACUCAGUGAAAAUCGUCUCUGCCAAGAGUCACCAUUCAGCUGCAGAGUAUAAUAUCUUUGAAGGCAUGGAACUGCGUGGAGCGCCUCUUGUCGUCAUAUGCCAAGGAAAGAUAAUGUUGGAGGAUGGAACACUCCACGUUACCCAGGGUACAGGUCGCUAUAUACCUUGCACUCCUUUCUCUGACUAUGUGUACAAGCGAAUCAAAGCAAGGACCAAGAUCGCAGAAUUGCAUGCCGUGCCCCGAGGCAUGUAUGAUGGACCAGUCUUCGACUUGUCAUCAACUCCCAAAGCAGGGACUCCUGCUGGCUCUGCAAAGGGAUCCCCAACUCGCCAGUCUGCACCAGUCAGAAACCUACACCAUUCUGGAUUUAGCCUUGCUGGAAACCCAGAUGAGAGUGUCCGUUCUGCCAGCAGGAGAAUUGUAGCUCCCCCUGGUGGGCGCUCCAAUAUAACAUCUCUUAGCUAAACACCUAAGACAUGUAUCAAGUGGGAAAGCCAAAAUGGUACAACUGGUAUUUAAGACAAAGGUUAACACGUAAAGUCAAUUUCAAACCAAGUUCAGUCUAAAAAAGUUUUUAACCCUCAGGCCUUAUGUUUUACAAACGCUUUUUGCUACCUAGCUUUAAAGUUGUUGCUUCCUUUUUUCAUAAUUGCAUAGCCUUACUUUUCAACCUGUGCAUGCAGUUCAGUUCAUUACGGUUUUCCAGAGGGUGUCAGAUCCAAUAACAUUCUCAUGUUGUUGUUAUUGGUGUUCACAUUUUUUAAGUUUUUUUUUAACGAGGCAUUGAACACCAAUAUCUGUUGAGUGAAUUCAUUAGUUGUGAAAAAUCAUGGGUCUGCUGUUAACAAGCUUUUCUGUUUUUAUACAAGAAUUGCAAUAAAAUAGUGAUCCCUAAAA